AUCCGCGGCCAGCAGCCAGCAGCGUCAUUUGUUUGGCGCUAAGCUGGACUAAUGCCCGAUUACAGGGCUUAAUAGGCCUACUGCCGCCUAGCUACUAGGUAGGCAAUGAUGGUAGGCAGCCGCCGUGUUCGGGAGAGUCCGCGUCCGCCCCCGCCCGCGGCGUUGCGUGCGUACCUAUAUAUACCAGCCGCCUCGCCGGAGAGCGGCAGGGAGCUAGCCAAGCCAAGCCAAGGGCGUCUGAUCUGAUCUCAUCGGAGGAGCAGAGGAGGAAAGCGGAGCACCGCAGCCGGCGAUGGCGCGCGGCAAGGUCGCCAUGAGGCUAGUCGGGAACGCGGGGGAGCGCGCCAGGAAGCACGCCAAGAGGGCCGCGGGGCUCAAGAAGAAGGCGUCGGAGCUCGCCACGCUCUGCGGGGUCCCGGUCGGGCUCGUCUGCGCCGGCACCGGCGCCGGGGCUACGCCGCUCGUGUGGGAGUCGGAGGAGGGCGUGCUCGAGAGGUAUCGACGCGCCGUCCCGCCGGAGGCCCGCGCGGGGCACACGCACCGGGCCUACCUCGAGACGGAGCUGGGCAAGCGGAGGGCCAAGCUCGCCAGGGCGCGCCACGGCUGCCCCGCCGCGCUCCCGGACUGGGACGAGGCGCUCAACGACAUGACGCUGGACGACGCGCGGGAGCUGCUCCAGGCCAUCGACGCCGCGCUGCGGGCCACGGGAGACAGGAUGGAGGCGCUGGGCUUGCCUGCCGACGGCGGCCACGGCGCGCUCGAUCAGCAGGCCGCGCCGGACUCUCCCGACGACGCCGUCAUGCCGCAGCAGCUCGGGCACGGUGGCGGCGUGCCCUGGGCCGGAGGCUACCACCCCGUGGACAUGGCCGACGCCGCCGACUUCCAGCAGCUGCAGAUGGUGCCGUACGACGGCGGGGACAACGACGGGGUGAUCGCGCCGGGCCUCGCCAAUGCUGACUACAACUACUCGGGCUGCGGCGACCAGAUGCUCGCUCCGGACUUCGCCGAUGCUGGCUACAAGUACAACUACACGGGCGGCGGCGACGGGAUGCUCACGCUGGGCUCCGCCAAUGCUGGCUGCAACUACUCGGGCGGCGGCAACGGGAUGCUCGCGCCAGGCUUCGCCAAUGCUGUCUGCAACUACUCAGGCGGCGGCGACGGGAUGCUCGCGCUGGGCCUCGCCAAUGCUGGCUACCACUACUCGGGCGGCGGCGACCAGACGCUCGCGCCGGGCUUCGGCAACGCUGACUACAAGUGGCCUGAUCUUACCAUGUGGCACACCGACAAGGUGUGCGACGCAGCCAUGCCACCUGGGUACUACCCUGACGAGGUCGCCACCGGCGGCGACUACGUGAACGCACUAUCAUCUGGUUACAGCUACACCAUGGGCAUGGGCAUGGGUAUGAGCGUGGGCGACAACUUCACCAGUCUGGAGAGCAACUACACGGCGGCGCAUUGGCAGGCCGAGGCGUUCCAGCGCUCCGACGCCAGCACCAGCACCGGCGAGCUGCUGUCAGCUGCAUCAUCGCCUCGUUAUCUCUACUAGACUAGUACUUUUGUCACGGAAGGUGUUUAGGUCCACGAGGAAGAAAGCGUUCUGUUACUAGGGAAAGAAAAUUGCAGUGGUAGUUUCGUAGCUAGCUAGAAUAUCUUGGUUCUAACGCAAUCGAAGUUAGAGUUUUGCAGUUUAUUGCAUAAAUCUUAGUACUUGUAUUAGGUCCAUGAUUUUGAACGA